AUGUUUAACUUGUCUUCUAGGGUGAAAGAGAUUGGCCAGGUGGCUGAGGCAUGUCGUCUUGAGCUGAAGAACGCUAGAGAUGAAGUACAACUACAGGACAGACGCAGACGAGACGCAGACACAGCAAACCUGGAGCUUCAGAAACGGUUUGACAUGAUAACACAGGAAUGUAAAACCACUACAGACAGCAACCGUUACCUGGAGGGCGAGGUGGAAAGACUGAUCAUAUUUGGUAAGAAAUACACAAACGAGAAUGAAGACUUGAAGGAAGAAAAGGAGAGGUUAAUGAAUGAACGUCUACAAUGUUGUGAGGAAAUUAAAACCUUGAAAGCUGAAAUUGAUGAAAUUUCAAAAGAAAAUGCUACACUCCUGGGGCAUCAGAACCCCAAACAAAAGAUUCACCACAUUAUAAGUUUAAAGGAGGAAAAUAUUUCUCUCCGAGAGCAACUGAUGAAGACCCAAAGAGAACUUCAGGAGGCGAAGAUGAGUAACAAGGUCAGAUCAGCAUCAGGGACUCAAAAAGAAAAUAUCCCUCUCAUGUCCUUUAACAGUAUAAAACAGGAACAGGAUUUAAAGGAGAAACCAAGAAUGUUUCUGUCGGGAGACUUUAGCUGA